AUGCUUGCAGCAACAUGCCAGUGGUUCCAUCGCCUUAUCAUGGAGGAGAGCAUUUGGAAGUUUGCCUGUUUGCGUGAUCUUCAGGUCCCCCAUCCUGGAAACGUGGGCUUCAAAUGGUUCAAGCUUUAUGCUACAGCUUUUGGGACUUCCUUGCAGAUGGAAGUCACUCUUACAUGUUCCAUCAGCAGGAGAAACAUAUUGGACCUCCUGAUAGUGGGCAUAGAUGCUUCUAUAGAUUCUAGGACUAUAUCCCUUAUUACAGUUCCAUAUCACAUUACACCACAGAGAGAUUGGAUGCGAAUAGGAGCAUUUUUCUUUGACUCACCAGUUGCUUUCCUUACGGAGAAUUUGAUUGCUCCAAGGAAAAUCCCACAAGAAGAGACUCUGGAGAAAAUGCUGCAGUUGCAUGGCUGCUGCGUGUUAAACAACAUCAAGACUGGAAUUUGGAUAGCUGGAACAAUGCAGACAUUGGAUGCAAGGCACAUAGAGCUGUUCCUGAAUGAGGGAUACAAGGAUGGGAGCUGGGAGUAUAAUUUGUUAGGAUCCCAAGAUAUUAAAAAGCAUACAGAGACAGCUUCUGGUGGAAUUUUUGACAUCAAACACCUCAAGGAUCCCUCUAACUCAGACAUUUUUGAUCUCAAGAAAUGGGUGGGGAAGCACAGUGACUGGCAGCCAAAAGCUAUGAUAACUCUCCAUGCUGCAGCAGUCAACACAAAUUUGCAAGAAAAUGAAGGCAUUCACGUAAAAUACCAUGCCAUGAGAGCUGGAGAUGAUGGAAAAGUUGUUUCAAUUCGAAUAUCUCAGCAACUCCUGUAA